ACGUAUCUAACCCUUGCAAUGAGCCGGUAACACUCCCUUCUUUAUCGUCAUAUUAUAUUGCCUGAAGAUAACACUUUUGUAUAAAACGCCGAAAUUUUAGUCAGAACUCUAUAGAUACUUUGUAUCUUGCAGCUAUAAACAAGCAGCAUAAUAAAAAUGAAAUUCUUGCUGACUGUUGCUGCCGUCAUCGCCGUGGCCGUCGCUGUGCCCACACAGCGCGGCCUCGUGGCCCCUGCACCUGCUGGCCCCGUGCCCGCGCCUGAGUACGAGCCCAUCGCCGUUGGCCCCGCCAUCAUCGACUCCUUCGAGCCCAUUGCCAUCGGACCCGCCCUCGUCGAAACUGAAUUUGAGCCCAUCGCUGUUGGACCCGCAAUCGUCGACUUCCCCCUUCCCGACGGUGGUGUUGUUGCUGAGGAACCCGCUAUCGUCCCCUCCCCAGUGUCCAUCGUCGAUGGUUCCGCCGUCGCUGAUGUGUCUGCUGGUGCUCCCCUCGUUCAGAUCAUCCUGAACAUCAACCAGGCCUCUGACCUUAGCCCCAUCGCCGUCGGCCCCGCCGUCAUCCCCGAGCCCAUCAUUCCUACACCCGUCCAGGUUGUGGAAUCUGCUCCUGAGCCCGUGCAGGUUGUGGAGGUCGCCCCCGUUCCCGCUGAGCCCGUCCAGGUCGUCGAGGCUGCCCCCGUGCCCGUGGAGCCCGUCGUCAUCGGCACCCCCGUGCUGCCCGAGGCCGCCGUCGUCCUCCCCGAGGAACUCAACUAAGCGUCUACCAACCUGACAAAGCCACUGCGCAUGACAAUCUAACAUCUUCAAUUGUUUAAACUUGGACUUUCUACCAACACCUUGAAACGCUUGCAUGUCCAAUAUAUUGAUACAUUAAAAGAUCUGAUAAUGUUA